CGGCAUUCUUCUGUUUCAGGAAAGAAGCUUGUUUUGGUUUUACUUGGCUACCGCGUCAAGAUGGCACACCUGCAGAUAAAAGAAGGAGAGUUUACCUCAACGAUAUACGGCUUUAUUAAAGAUCAAAGAUUCAAUGAAGCCGUUCAGUUACUUAACCAUCAGCUUCAAGGUGAAACAAAGAGCAGAGCAGCCCUUUCGCUGUUAGCUUAUUGCUACUAUCAGGUGCAAGACUUUGUGAAUGCCUCUGACUGCUAUGAGCAGUUGGCCUCUGCCCACCCAGAGGUUGAGGAGUACAAACUUCACUAUGCCCAGUCCCUACACAAGGCUUGUUUGUAUCAGGAGGCCAUGAAGGUGGCUUGCCAGAUAGACAACCCAAACUAUCAGGGCCAGAUAACCAAGUUGCAAGCUGCAAUUAAAUAUGGAGAGGAAGAUUUACCAGGAGCAAAGAGCCUUGUUGAGCAGUGCCCUGCUGAUGAUGCGGACACUGAAAUCAACUUUGGCUGCUUACUUUUCAAGGAAAAACGUUACGAGGAGGCGUGCGAGAAGUUCAUGGGAGCUUUGCAAGUCCUGGGGUACAAAGCUGACCUGUCCUACAACAUUGCUCUGUGCCACUACAUGCUGAAACAGUACGCUCCUGCACUGAAACACAUUGCUGACAUCAUUGAGAGGGGAAUCAGAGAACAUCCAGAGCUCAGUGUUGGAAUGACGACUGAGGGCAUUGAUGUCCGCAGUGUCGGCAACUCCAUGACGCUCCACGAGACAGCGUUGGUGGAGGCAUUCAACUUGAAGGCAGCAAUGGAAUACCAGCUGAAGAAUUAUGAAGCCUCAGUAGAAGCCCUGACAGACAUGCCUCCCAGGUCAGAGGAGGAGCUGGACGCUGUCAGUCUACACAACCAGGCACUCAUGAACAUGGAGGGCAAUCCCACACAGGGCUUUACAAAGAUGCAGUUCUUGCUACAGCAGAAUCCUUUCCCUCCAGAGACCUUUGGCAACCUCCUGCUGUUGUAUGUAAAGUAUGAGUACUAUGACCUCGCAGCUGAUGUUCUUGCAGAAAAUGCUCACCUCACAUACAAGUUCCUUACCCCAUACAUGUAUGACUUUUUGGAAGCAGUAAUCACGAGGCAGACAUCUCCAGAAGAAGCAUACAGGAAACUUGAUGAAAUGGCCACGAAACAGACAGAGACGUUAAGAAAGCUCACCAAACAGGUACAAGAAUCUCGGCAGAACCACGAUGAGGAGGCGGUCAAAAGAGCUGUGAAUGAGUAUGAUGAAGCCUUGGAAAGGUACAUCCCAAUCUUGAUGCAGCAAGCAAAGAUCUACUGGGACAUGGAGAACUACCUUCAAGUGGAAAAGAUCUUCCGUAAAUCGGUGGAAUUCUGUAACGAGCACGACGCUUGGAAGCUGAAUGUGGCACACGUUCUCUUCAUGCAGGAAAACAAGUACAAGGAGUCUGCUGGCUUCUAUGAGCCAAUUGUGAAAAAGAACUAUGAGAAUCUGCUCAGCGUCAGUGCAAUCGUGUUAGCCAACCUGUGUGUCUCCUACAUCAUGACCAGUCAGAAUGAGGAGGCAGAAGAGCUGAUGAGAAAGAUUGAAAAAGAAGAGGAGCAAGUGGCCUAUGAAGACCCUGACAAGAAAAUAUACCACCUGUGUAUUGUCAACCUGGUCAUUGGAACCUUGUACUGUGCCAAAGGCAACUACGAGUUCGGCAUCUCUCGGGUCAUCAAGAGCCUGGAGCCGUACAACAAGAAGCUGGGCACAGACACCUGGUUCUAUGCCAAGCGCUGCUUCCUGUCCCUCAUCGAGAACAUGACCAAGCACAUGAUCAUGAUCCGAGACUCGGUGAUCAACGAGUGCAUCCAGUUCCUGGAGUGCUGUGAAAUGUACGGACGUGACGUCAAGGCCAUCAUUGAACAACCCCUGGAAGAGGAGCCAAUGCACCCAGGCAGAAACACCGUCGCUUUCGAGGCCCGACUUCUCAAGUCUCUUCUGUUGCAACUGAAUUAACUUAUUAUACAUUUAGAAUUAUCAUUGCUUAGGGGUGCAUGUAUACCAAGUUUCAUGUUACAAUCCCUGGUUGCAUAUUUUAUACAUUUUAGCCUGAAGAGAAGGAGAUUUUCGGAGGUUUAUGAAGAAGAGGUUUUGUUUUCUUAUAAGUGGAAGAAAAAUGUUGUGAGAUAAACCAAUAUGUUAGCAGUCAUCCCCAGUACACAAGCUCAUAUAAAGACUUUUUGAUUAAUAAGAGUUUGUUUUUGUGGAGAUUUCUGUAAAGCUAAUGUCAAGUAAAAUCAUAUUUAUAUCAAACUUAGUUUCUUUUCUGAGGUGGGAGGCAUGGUACUGCAGUGGAAAUUAUUUCUGUAGCUAGGAUUUUACAUGUGUAAGCUGUGAGAAUAUAUGACAAUACAUUCGUUCUUUAGUUAUUUUCUCCAAAAUGACUCCUGAUGGUUUUCAUUGUUAGAGAGAAAAAAAAUCCACCAGCACUUAAGAUUAUACGAAUUGUAAACACAUUCUUUGAGGUAUGUCUACAUCAUAUCUUUUGAAGUCCGUCCAUGGUAUUUGAAGUUACGUUCCUGAUUCUGACUGUGAUAAAUACAUGUAUUUCCUGAAGUCUUUUUUUUUUUUACAUUGACUACAAAGUUUGUAAUGACUUCAGAAUAAAUGUUAUAACUAUACUGAACCGUUA